UGUGACACUUCUGGAGCUUGUUAGUGCUUCUCCGGCAGCCCAGUGCAGACUCAGCCGAUCAGCCGCCGCUCGUCCGAUUCCCGAUAACGUCGAGAACGUUUAGUUGGGUCGUAGUCCCGAACUGUCGAAUCUCUCACCUGGACGGCUCCGCUCGUUGUUUCCCUUGGCUGACUUGGUGUUGCCGGUAGCAGCGCAACAAGCGAGCCGACCCGCUAGCCGCCUAGCUUAGCUCUCUUACUCGUCUACCUACCCUUUGUCUCUCUACUAAAACAAGCAAGUUGACAAGCAGACCUUGUUUUGUUUUUUUCCCUAAUUUGUUUCAAAGGCGCUUUUUUUAUUAUUUUUAUUAUUCUAUCUCGUCACCUGACAAAGAGUCAAGUGAACCAAGAUAGGCGGCUCGGGAACCAAGAUGUCGAACCGAGUGGUGUGCAGAGAAGCAAGUCACGCCGGCAGCUGGUACUCUGCUUCGGGACCCCAGCUGAAUGCACAAUUAGAAGGCUGGCUGUCUCAAGCACAAUCCACUAUUAGACCUGCCAGAGCCAUAAUAGCGCCGCAUGCUGGAUAUACCUAUUGUGGUGCUUGUGCAGCACAUGCCUACAAGCAAGUUGACCCCUCUGUAACUCGUAGGGUAUUCAUCCUUGGACCCUCACACCAUGUGCCCCUCUCCCGGUGUGCCCUCUCACCUGCAGAGGUCUAUAGAACACCUCUCUAUGACCUGAGGAUCGAUCAAAAGGUUUAUGCUGACCUCUGGAAAACUGGGAUGUUUGAGCGCAUGAGUUUGCAGACAGAUGAAGAUGAGCACAGUAUUGAAAUGCACUUGCCUUAUACUGCUAAAGCCAUGGAGAGCCAUAAAGACGAGUUUAGUAUUGUUCCCGUGCUGGUGGGCGCCCUGAGCGAGUCCAAGGAACAAGAGUAUGGGAAGCUGCUCAGCAAGUACCUUGCAGACCCCUCUAACCUCUUCAUCAUUUCAUCCGACUUCUGCCACUGGGGUCAGCGGUUCCGUUACACGUACUAUGAUGAAUCACAAGGCGAGAUCUACAGAUCUAUCGAGCACCUUGAUAAAAUGGGGAUGGGCAUCAUAGAACAGCUGGAUCCCAUGUCCUUUACCAACUACUUGAAGAAAUAUCACAACACCAUUUGUGGGCGUCACCCCAUUGGAGUGCUGCUAAACGCUGUGGCUGAGCUGAGGAAGAAUGGCUUAGAAAUGAACUUCUCUUUCCUGAACUAUGCCCAGUCGAGUGAGUGCAGGAACUGGCAGGACAGCUCCGUGAGCUAUGCUGCUGGGGCACUCAUCGUUCAUUGAGGUCAACUUUUGCAGGGGCCACUGCAGCACCGCCCGCCCGCCCCACCUUUACUAUCUAUUGCCAUAACCUGCCCCAGACACUCUCCCCUAAACGCACCCGUAAUCUGCAGGAAGGACCUAGUCACUAAAGCCAAUAGUCUCCUUUCUUUCUCUCCCUGAGCUCUCCUGCCUUUCUCCACCUUCCUCCCAGUUUGAAGUGUCUCAGAGUUAUUUGGUUGAAACAUUUGCUUGAAGUGCAGUUUUGAGAUUGU